AUGUCUUUCAACACCCUCGAGACCCCCAAAUCACUACUUGGCCGUCAUCGCGUUCUAUCUCCAACUGCUGGUGUUCGCGUUUCUCCACUAUGUCUUGGCUCAAUGAACUUCGGUGAUUCAUGGAAGGAGGCGCUUGGUGAAUGUACAAAAGAGACGGCGUUUGCCAUGCUGGACUAUUUCUACGAACAAGGCGGUAAUUUCAUCGACACAGCUGUCAAUUACCAGCUGGGCGAGAGCGAGCAAUGGCUCGGUGAAUGGAUGGAGGCUAGAGGAAGACGAGAUGAGAUGGUGAUUGCCACCAAGUUCACUGGCGUGCAAAGUGCUGCUGAGCAGCGCGAGAAAGAGGGAAGGUUCGAGGGAAAAGGGGUCAUGAAGGACAACUAUUCGGGGAAUAGCGCGAAGAAUAUUUAUACUUCCAUUGAGCGCUCGCUGAAGAAUUUACGUACGACUUACAUUGACGUUUAUUACGUUCAUCUCUGGGAUUACACCACCAGCAUCCCGGAAUUAAUGAAUAAUCUCAACGAUCUCUGCACAGCCCGCAAAGUGAUCUAUCUCGGUAUCUCCGACACCCCAGCCUGGCUGGUCGUCAAAGCAAAUUGCUACGCGCGCCAACACGGUCUACGCCAGUUCUCACUCUACCAAGGUCGUUGGUCCGCUGCCGACCGCUCUUUCGAGCGCGAAAUCAUCCCCAUGUGCCUCACUGAGGGCAUGGCGCUCGCUCCUUGGGGUGCACUUGGCGGUGGAGGCUUCAAGACGAAAGAGCAGCGUGAGAGUGGUGAAGGCCGGAAGAACUUCGUCAGAGUCGCAUUUACGGGGAAGGAAGAGAAGGUGAGCCUUGUGCUGGAGGAGAUUGCAAACAAAAAGGGCACGUUGAUGACGAGUAUUGCGUUGGCGUAUGUCAUGCACAAGAGUCCGUAUGUGUUUCCCAUUGUAGGCGGCAGGAAGGUAGACCACCUCGAGGGUAACAUUGCAGCACUUGAACUCAGGCUCGAUGAGGAGGAGAUGAACAAGAUCGAUAACGCAUACGGGUUUGAGAUGGGCUUUCCACACGACUUCCUUGGUCCAGCGAAUAAAUCGGUGCUUGGUCCUCAGGACGGCUGGUUCAUCAACAAUAUCACCUAUCUUGACUUUGUCGAGGGUCCAAAACCCAUCCCUCCACAUCAGGGUGCGCUGGACAAACCGUUCAAGGAGCUGAAGGCUCCAGGAGAGUAA